AAAAAGACUACUUUGCUUUAAAAUGCAGAGAAAGAAAGUUAGAAAUUAAAGAAUUUAUAUCGCUGGCUUGAAUCUUCUUUGUAAAGAAACAAUAAGGAUGUUUCCGUUGUCAAUUGUAAACAACAUGGCGGCAGCAAAGCCUUUAGAGCUUGGACUUGACAUAAUGGCUCUACCCAGGCCUCCGGAAAAACAACCAAUACCUUCUCACAAGGAGGGUUUUCAGUAUAGAGGGACUUUGUUUAGACCUUCUUCUGCAUCAACCGCUCAGGCAGGACAAGAAGUUUCUGUACCACGUAGCAACACUGGACAUGCUAAGAGUAACAACAGGACAAGAGUCUGUGGAAAUGACAACAUGAUGUCUACAGGAUCACCUCAAAAAGCCAUGCCACGGAGAAUACAAAGUGCUAAAGGGAGAUUAGAAAAACCUCCCAGCAGGCCAGUCUCCGCCCACAGUUCUGGCCAACUGUCCUCCUCGUCAUAUAGCAGUGUGCACUGCAGAAAAGAAGUUUUGAGCGAGAAAAGUCCUUCUGUUAUAGAUUUGAACUGUGCUGUUAAUGUGCCUGACAAAGAAGAGGAAAUGUUAGUACGGCGGGCCAGCUUACAUAAAUGUGACACGGAGCAGUUUUACAAACCAGUUACGAGACCGUCUUCAGCAAAGAGUACGUUUAGCAACCCCCCAGUUACUGAGACAAAAGAAGACUCUGAGGGAAAAAACGACAUCAAGCCAUCUGUAGUUGGUCUAAGAUUUGGGAGACAUGUGUUCGGUAAUGAGCCAGAUGUACAAGAGGCAUGGGCAAACACUGAAAGAGAUUUUCCCUUUAAAAUGAGUGCAGAACAAAGGGAAAAAAGGCUUGUGCUGUCAAGUUCAACGGAAAGGGAAAUUCCAGCCACUUUGGAACCUUUGAGACCAUAUCUGACCACUGGCACCCCUAAAGCUGUGGUUGGAGUUGACCCAGCAACUUGCCUGGUCUUUCUUGCUCAUGAUUACAGCUGUGAUGAGCUGCCAGAGGUACCAACACCUCAAAGCGCUGAGGACCCGUUGCCAUACAGUUGUGUAGUUGCCACACCAAGGAAACAGGUUCCUCAGAAGUUUUCUCAUCCAUUUUAUGACAAACAACCUGACUCGUCUGAAUGGGUGUGUAAACACACAACUCCCUUUAUCCCAGAGACACAUUCCGAUAUUUCCUACUUAUUGAAUCCUCCAGUAAGGCGUGAUCCUCAUGAGGUGAGACGAGAAAUCACAGAACUAGAGGAUUUAUUACUUGGUAUUGGGUCAUUGGACAGCAGCUGUUCAUUUGUCAAGUUCCAAGCUGAGAUCAGAAGGGCCAAAUUUCUAGCAAAGAAACUAAUCUCCCAGUGUGGAAGGUUUGAUGAGCCAGAACCAGUGGAUACUUUCGGCCUUCUUCAGUUUUGCAAGGAUCAUGAUGAAAUCAUGAAAGUUAUACACGAAAGAAGGGAUCGCUGCCUGAAAGAACUUGCUGAGCUCGAAACUGCUCUGUGAUAGAUAGACUGUGUGUGUACAAAUUUUGACAUUUGUGAAGAAAUAUAUCUGAUCAUCUCCUAUUUUUCUUUGUCAUAUUUCAGAUCUUUAGCAGCACUGAUGAAGCUUUCAAUUUAUUUUAUUGUAAAUGAUGAGUUUCUUUGCUCUAAAUAAUAAAAUUAGCUUUGGAGGUCUUAUCUUCUAUCAGUAUUCAUAAUGUUUAAUGUUUUUGAGAGAGCGUACCUUAUCGUAGUUGCUUUCAAUAGAAAGUUUUACUUGUAAGUAACAGCAUAAAUAUUGACAGAUGAAAAAGGAGAUUAAUUUUGUCUCUAACCUAUCGUUAGUGAGGGAGUAACCUUCAAAUGAUUCUUGUAGUUUUACUAGUUCUAUGACUUUUCAUCAUUUUUCACAAAUAGGCCAUAGUUUGAAAAAAAAACCCAACCUCAUUUCCACUUAAUAUUUUUGUGUCAUUUGCUUCGUUUGUUAUAAAUUUCUCCAUCUUAAUUUUGCCAUUAUGCUAUCAGGGAUUUGUUAGCGUGUGAAUUUGUAUUCAUUUUGGAAGUAGGGGCUAAAAUAACAGUAGCUGCUUUUAUAAGGUGCUUGGUUGUACUUCCCUAGAGGCUUUUUUAACCAAUAAACUGUACAAUUAAUUGUACCCUA